AUGGCAAGUCGCGGACUUCUGACGACGGUAGUAGUGCUGCUGCUGCUGCAGCAUCAACCACUAGCCACCGCCGGCGGUGAAGCGGGGGCCACCGAAGAGCUCCAGUACCGUCGCCAUCGCCGUUUCCAUCACCACAGGGAGACGCCACAAACACCGACGGCGCCGGUACAACCGGUGCAGCCCGUGCAGCCACCGCCGCCACCACCGCCGCGUCGUUGCAACCGCACCUUCGGCCCGGAGGAAGCGCUGACGGUUGGCGGCGACGACUGCGUUCCAGUGCCGGCGCCGCCGGUGCCGCCUCCACGAGGCCGGUGCCCGCCCUGCACCUGCCCGGCCCCGAAGCAGCCGCAGCCGCAGCCGCCGCGCCCGUUCCCCGGCUGGCCCGUGCCACGGCCGUUGCCGGUUCCGGGCAGGGGCGGCAGCAACGCCCGCGCCGACAGCGGCACCAACAUCGACUGCGUGGCGCCUCUGGCGCCACUGACGGCCUGCGGGGAGUUCGUCGCGGGGAACCAGACGGACACGCCGAUGCCCACCAGCGCAUGCUGCUCCGCCCUCGCGGCGUUCCUCCGCACGUCCAGCGCCGCGGCGGCUGCCGGACGCGGCGACCACAUGCUGCGCUGCCUGUGCCCGGUCAUCCACGGCGACGUGAACAAGGUACUGCGCAAGCCAAAUGAUCCUGUCCGCAUGCUGUACUUGCCCAUCGCCUGCGGCGUCGUCCUGCCACCGCAGCUGCUCUAUAUCUGCUUCGCUGGGCAGGGGCAGCCAACGCCGGCGGUGGACUGUCAGCCCUGA